AUGGGAGGGGCUAUAGCGGCCGUUCAAGCAAUCCUUACUAUUUUUUCAUUAGAAGUUGACGAGCCGAGAGUGCAUACAGAACAUAAUAUUUCACCAAAAUCAGUACCAUCAGCCGCAUCGGUAAGAUCUAAGGCUGCAUCUGUUUCCACGGGUGUAGUGGAAACAAUGAGUGCAUUAAUGACAGAGACCAUGAAUCGCAUGGAAAGAGCACAGAAAAUUCAGGCAGAAGCCUUAGAGAGAGUCAUGAAGAAUGCACAAGAAAUACAGGCAGAUACACUACUACGAGUCUUCAGUCAGCAGAAAAAUUCUGCACCUACACCGACACCAAUGUGGAGAGAUACAGCUUCAGCUGCCGCUAAUUCACAUACAUCAGUUAUUUCGUCAUUACCACCAGAUGGUGAGAACAAAAUAGAAAAAUUAGUGCCAUUAGAUGCAUAG